AUGGCAUCUCCAUCUCCACCUCCACCUGGAUCUCCAGCGAUGGUGCCGGAUCCUCACCCAGAGGCAGAGGCAGGGGCAGAUCAAGAUCCGGGGUAUGAUUCGGGCAGCAUCGAGACUGCCACGACGUCAAUCAAAUCGUCCGUGCUCGACUGGGUCUACGAGAAUGGCCGGCGGUAUCAUAGCUACCGUCCUGCACCAUACAUGCUUCCCAACGACGAAGAGGAGCAGGACCGGCUUGAUCUGACGCACCAUUUGUUCACGCUCGUCUUGCAGGGCGAGUACUGUAUGACCCGACUCGACAACCCGCAGGCCAUUCUCGACGUGGGCACCGGCACGGGGAUAUGGGCCAUCGAUAUGGGCGACCUGUAUCCGUCUGCAAUCGUAACGGGGACGGACCUGUCGCCCAUCCAGUCACCAUGGGUACCGCCCAAUGUGCGAUUCGAAGUGGACGACGCCAACGAGGAAUGGACGUUCCCGGCAAACCAUUUCGACUUUAUCCAUGCCCGCACAAUCUGCGCCGGCAUCAGGGACUUUCCCGAGUUCCUGGCGAAAUGUUACGCACAUCUCAAGCCCGGUGGCAAGGUUGAGGUUUCUGAGGGAAGAGCCAAUUUCUUCUGCGACGACAACACUUUGCCCGCGGACAGCUACACCCGGCAGUGGCUGGAAGAGUUUCACCGCUGUGCAGCGUUGAUCAACCUAGACAUCGACCACAUCCCCAAGGUCCCCGACGAGCUGGAACGCGCCGGGUUCACGAAUGUGACGUUCGUCCAGAAGCAUGUCCCCGUGGGGACCUGGCCCAAGGAUAAGUCACUGAAGGUGAUUGGCAAAAUCUUCCGAGAACAAUUCCUCGCCAGUGCCCUGGAGGCAUACUCGUUGAAGCUCUUGUGCGAAGUCGGGAACUGGUCCCUGCUGGAGUUUCAGGUCCUGUGCGCCAAUGUGAGGAGGGAGAUAGCGGAGAAUAAAAUGCAUCUCUACACUUUCUGCUCAUUCGUCACUGCCGAGAAACCCAUGACAUGA